GCGGUUUGUCCGCGAAUGGCUCGGGCUGGCGCUGCGCGCCCACGACGCGUGUUUGUGUACGACUCUGUAACGUCAGGCGGCAGGCUGAUACCGAACAGGGCUUCGACGCCCCGUCUCUCUCGCACCCCUACCGGACGCCCCGUGAGUGCGAGAGAGACAGAGCGACAACAGCCGAGUAGGAGUGUGAGGAGUCGUGGCGCUGGCGCUGCACGGCGCGGUACCUCGCGGUGCCCACGGCAUGUCACCAGUCUUAUCGCAGGAAUCUUUGCCUACCUCAAUUACCUGACACCGAAAACGCGGAAGGAGAUCAUCGACCUGCUCAUCAAUGGACUCCACCGUCUCGAGUACCGAGGCUACGAUUCGGCAGGCAUCGCCAUCGACGCACCCGACAGCAAGGACAUUGCUAUUGUCCGCAAAUCCGGCAAAGUUGCUGCCCUGGAGGAGGAGAUUCUGAAUCAUGAAAAGACUAUGGUGUUCGAUGAGUUGACAGACCUCCAUGUUGGCAUUGCACACACUAGGUGGGCCACCCACGGUCAGCCCAGCGAGCUCAACUCUCACCCCCAGAGAUCCGAUCAUGAACAGAGCUUUGUGGUUGUUCACAAUGGAAUCAUCACAAACUUUAAGGAUGUUAAGAUGUUCCUGGAGAAAAAGGGAUAUGUGUUUGAGUCAGAAACCGAUACGGAGGCCAUUGUGAAACUGGUUCAUCACUUGUAUUCUCAGCACCCAGAUUACUCAUUCCGUGAGCUUGUUGAACAAGCCAUCCAGCAACUGGAAGGUGCUUUUGCACUAUGCUUUAAAAGUAAGCACUUCCCAGGGGAAUGUGUCUCUGCCAGACGAGGCAGCCCCCUUCUUGUUGGAAUCAAGACUAAGACAAGAUUGGCGACUGAUCAUAUUCCUAUUCUUUAUGGAAAAGAGGCUGACACCAAAAAACAAGAUCAUCGUCCCCAUGGGCGUGGUGACAUGCCCUCUCUCAUGCCACGUUCUGAUUCUACUGCUGAGUUCCAGCCCAUGGAGGACAAGGAAGUGGAAUACUUCUUUGCCUCUGAUGCUAGUGCAGUGAUUGAGCACACCAACAGAGUUAUCUUUCUGGAGGACGAUGAUGUUGCUGCAGUGAAAGAUGGAGCUCUCAGUAUUCAUCGAUUGAGGCGAUCUUUGGAUGACCCUCAUGGAAGGGAAAUUAUUACACUCAAGAUGGAAAUCCAGCAAAUCAUGAAAGGAAACUACUCAUACUUCAUGCAAAAGGAAAUCUUUGAACAGUCAGAAUCAGUUAUCAACACAAUGAGAGGGCGAGUAAAUUUUGAAAACAACAGUAUCACUCUUGGUGGUAUCAAGGACUACAUUCCCGAAAUUCGUCGUUGCCGACGUCUGAUGCUCAUUGGAUGUGGAACCAGCUACCAUUCCGCUUUGGCCACACGUCAGCUGCUGGAAGAGCUCACAGAGUUGCCGGUUAUGGUUGAGCUUGCCUCUGACUUCCUUGAUCGGAGCACUCCCAUAUUCCGUGACGAUGUGUGCUUCUUCAUAUCCCAGUCUGGAGAGACGGCUGACACUCUCAUGGCUCUUCGGUACUGUAAACAAAGAGGAGCUCUCAUUAUCGGUGUUACCAACACUGUUGGCAGUUCCAUUUGUCGUGAGUCUCACUGUGGUGUCCACAUUAAUGCUGGUCCGGAAAUUGGUGUGGCCUCCACCAAAGCCUACACUUCUCAGUUCAUCUCACUUGUUAUGUUUGCUCUGGUUAUGAGUGAGGACCGUAUCUCCCAUCAAAACAGAAGGACUCAGAUUAUUCAAGGUCUGAAAAAUUUAGACAACCAGAUUAAAGAAGUUCUUGAGCUAGAUGGACGGAUUCUGGAAAUUGCCAAAGAUCUGUAUGAACACAAGUCUCUUCUUAUCAUGGGUCGAGGCUACAACUACUCAACUUGCCUGGAAGGUGCUUUGAAAGUUAAGGAACUUACCUACAUGCACAGUGAAGGUAUUAUGGCUGGUGAGCUGAAGCAUGGACCGCUUGCUCUUGUGGACAGAGCCAUGCCUGUCAUGAUGAUUGUUACGAGAGACCCUACAUACACUAAAUGUAUGAAUGCUCUGCAACAAGUCACAGCACGUGAUGGACGACCUAUUAUUGUCUGUGAAAAGGGAGAUACUGAGACAGCAAGCUAUGCUUACAAAACCAUUGAAGUUCCUCCUACAGUGGAUUGCCUUCAGGGUAUUUUAACUGUGAUUCCGAUGCAACUUCUGUCGUACCACAUAGCUGUUCUUAAAGGAUGCAAUGUCGACUGCCCCCGGAAUCUUGCAAAGUCUGUCACUGUUGAAUGAAGGAUGAGCAGACAUCACUGGAGUCUUGAGAAUAUUUUUCUUAUGAUUUGUUGUAUGAAACUCCUUUUCCCUUACUUUGGAUGGAUUAGAUUUUCAUGUGUUGUCUUUUACCUAUAUUUGAAAGCAAAGGCAACUAAUUUUACUGUGAUCUUAAGUUGCACUUCUACAGUGUACAACUGUCAGUUUAAUACUAGUAGAGGACACUUCAUGUUAUGUAGUGAUUUUUAAGACUUGUGUGUAUGUGUAUGUCUAUCCACACUUGUUUUUUCUCGUCUGAAUGGAUUUUUAGCGUUGGAAUAGUAGACUGCUCUGAUGAUUUUGUAAAUCAACCUCAUAAAGAUUAUGUGCGCAUUUAUUUACUUUUAUAAAGAAAAUAAUCCACAUCAUGGAUUGGUAGUUCCAAAUGUGCAUUUACAUAGAUGUCUUUGCUUGUGUAAAAAGUACACUGCCAUAAAUUAAAUAUUUAAAAAGAAGCUUUUAAUUGACGUGAGGCUUAAAGACAUUAUUUUAUAAUCGAUCUCCCAAACUUACAACUAUGCAUCAAAAUUUUAAAAUUUUCCUCUCUACUCAAUGAACUAUCUUAUUAUUUUUUGUUAUCGUAACACUUUCAACAUUUAUAAAUUCUGUUGUGUGGUGUAGGGACUUUAUGGUGGUUUCUGCAUAUGGCACCAAAUAUUGUUAGUACAAGUAUGUUAAUAUUUUUACCAGAUAGGCAUUGGGGGUCCUCAUUUUGUCACCAACACAUUCCUGUUUGUAUGCUUUCUUCAAUUUUUAAUUCCUUAAAGCAAAAACUCAUUUUUUUCACAAAAAAAAAUUGUUGAAUUAUUUUAGAUGUCUGUGAUCAAGUGACUUUAUUUUCUUUACGAUGGGGACCUUGUAUUAGCCAAGGUAUCUGUUUAAUCAUAGCACCAUACAGUAUACUUUGUUACCAUAAUUAUAUGAAAUAAAAAUAUCUUAAGACUUAA